AUACUACCCUGUGCCGUUCAUUUCCCUCUCCCGUCAAUACCAGUACAUAGUUACCAGGUAAUUCCUCUUUGUGCGACCUUACCACCCCGGGCGAGUUUAGCCAAUCAGAAGGCAUACGGGCAGACAAGUACCGGUGACACAAUUGCGUGCAUAUUCGAUUGCUCACCUACGGUAGGCUAGGUACCAUGUCGGAACUCCCCGUCAGACCCGGCAAGGGAAGUCCUAGUGGUGGUGGUGGUGGAGCUGGGCGAAGCCGUACCCCUCCUGUUAGUUUCUCCCCGGGCUCCGCCUCCGGCACCGAUGCCGAGGAGGACGAGGAUGAGCUCCGUCGACCUACUUGGUGGCAGGCUAUUAGCGGCGUGGGGCGGGAGCAAAUAGGAGGUGUCAUGCGACCGCGGGAUGAGGAUUCUUCAUCGACAUCGAAAGAUCGCCGGGGUUCGCGAUCGGCGUUCGAGGCUGCGAUUGCGGCGGCUAAACAGAUUACCCUGCCGAUGGAGAACGCGGUGGAUGAUUCUGAGGAUAUGUCCGAUGACGAGGUUGAGGUGCGGAGUAAUUACGGUCGACGACAUCAGAGUAAUGCGGGAGCUCGCGGUGAUCCGAAGUUUGCUCGUGUUCAUGAGAUUCUGCCGUUCCCGUUCCACCCUAAUGUGCGCCCUUUGACGGUGUCGGAUCUCGAGAGCUGUGUUGCGCUUGAGGAUGCGGCGUUUGCGAAUCCGGAGCAUCGGUGUACGAGGGAGAAGUUCGAAUAUCGCUUAUCCGUUUGCCCGGAGUUAUGUCUCGGACUUUUCUGCACUAUCGUUCCCGACAAGGCCGGAGAUUUCGAGAUUUCCACGUUUGCAACAGCGCACCCAGUUGAGACGAGUCGUGACAAUGGCGCUCGAAGUGUCCUUGUAGCGCAUAUCGUAUCAACGAGAUCCUAUGGCGCGGUUGUAACUGACGCGGCGAUGGAUUAUCCUCGCGACUUCCGUACCAAGAAGCGGAACAACACUGACCUAGGCCACCAAGAUGCCGGACAGACAAUCUGUCUACAUUCACUUGCAGUACACCCGAAGUUGCAUGGUUGUCAUCUAGGAAAGUUGAUCAUGAAAGCCUAUCUCCAGCAGAUCCAACACGCCGAUAUGGCUGAGCGCGUAGCGCUCAUCUGCCAGGAUUAUUUGGUCGAUUUCUACGAGAAAUUCGGAUUCAAGAACCAAGGUCAGAGCAAAGCUCAAUUCGGUGGCGGUGGUUGGAAUGAUAUGGUGGUCAAAACCGCCGAUAUCCCUCCGUACUCGUCUCGACGAUAAUCUCUUUGCCUCAUAUAAGGCAUCCGGCGUUCUCGGUUGAUGGGGAAUACCUAUUCUUUUUUCAGAUUUGACGGGAGAUUUGGUGGUCUGACGUGGCAAUUGUUCACGUGGAAAAUGGACGAGGAUGAUAAGGAAGGUGAGACGAGAUCGAGAGAUUAUUUCUUAGCA